UUUUGAGCAAACAAAUGGGCCAAAGUGUUACUGUAUUUUUAUUUUUUUUUCUGAUGGAACCAAACUACCAAAGUAAACUUUAGUAGUACUAUUUUAAUAUGGAGAGAGAGAGCGAGCCACAUCAUCAUCACAAGUCUCAGACGAAAACUGUAUGUUGAAGAUAAUCAACUUAAAUAAGCAGUUAUUUUAUUGACGCGAGAAAACUCGGUGUAUGUUGAAGAUGGAAGCAGAGAUGAAGUUGGACCGAUGGGGCUACCAAGUUAGGACUUCUUCCGAUGCUUGCAUUUCUGCUAUCAACUCUUACUAUCACCAGGUGCUUAGUUAUGAAAGGAAAAGGGCAGUCAUAUUAGAAGCUCCAAAAAGUGAUCCGGAGUGUGUUCUAGGCAACAUUUUGGCUGCCCACUUUCUCUGCUCAGCUGAUCCAUCCCGGACCCCUGAAUUCGUCAAUGCAGCCAAGUCUCAUCUUGAAUGUGCUACCUCAUAUGAGAAAGCAGUGUUUGAAGUCAUCCAAUAUUUAAUUUCUUCAGAUAGAGAUGAUGAUCUAGCUGUGCAGCUGCAUUCCAAGCUUUUACAAGAGUUCCCCAAAGAUCUUCUAUCACUGAAGAGAGCCCAAGUGCUAUGCUUUUAUAUGGGUCGAUUAGAUCUAUUUCUGGGAAUUGUAGAACAGGUCCUGCCAAUUAAUGAGCAUGAGGAUUAUAUAUAUGGCAUGCUUGCAUUUGCAUUACUAGAGCUUGGUCGAAUGGAUGAUGCAGAAAAAGCAGGAAAAAAGGGAUAUGAACUCAAUAAAGAUGAUGUCUGGUCACAGCAUGCACUAUGCCAUGUUUACCAGUACGAGUGUCGUUUCAAAGAAGCAGUGGAGUUCAUGAUUAAUUGUGCACAAUCAUGGGGUUCUUUGUCAUCUUUUAUGUAUACACACAAUUGGUGGCAUAUUGCUCUAUGUUACUUGGAAGGUCAUGCUGCUAUGACUAAAGUACAAGAUAUUUAUGAUGAGCGUAUUUGGAAAGAAUUGGAAAGAAGUGAUGCCACCGCACCCGAGGUAUAUUUAAAUGCCGCUGGGUUGUUAUUGCGUCUGUUUGUGCGAGGUGCACAUGAUAUUCUCAAGGAUCGUCUAAAUGAAUUAGCUAAUUGUGUGACAGAUCAAGCCUUCUGGUUUCUGGAGUGGCACUUUGACAUUUUGAUAUUAUGGACCUUAUCUUGCACUGGAAGAUUUAAUGAAGCAGAAGAUUUACUCAAGGGCUUGAACUCCAGGGUUUCAAUGAUGAGCAAGACGAAACAACAACAAAUGCACAGAGGACUUACUCUUGCAGAAGCUCUCUAUAGAUAUGGGAAGGGAGAGUACAAGGAGGCCGUGGAACUUCUUGGGCACAACUUCGAUGCCAUUAACUACAAGAUAAUUGGGGCAUCUGACGAACAGCUCGAUGUAUUCACUGAAGUGCACAUCACCUUGCUGCUAGAAACUGGAGAAGCAUCCGCAGCUAUACAAGCUAUAGAGAAACAGCUGAACAAACGGGAAGGUGCGCCGUUUCUGUGGUAUCUCCUGGAGAAAGCAUGUCUGAUAUUAGGAAGGGAGGAAGCAGCAAGUUAUGGUCAGAAAGCCAAACAAUUAGAAGCUGCAUACUUCACUUAGCUAAAAUUGCAGAGAGCAUGAUCUGUGUGUAAUGUAACAUACAAGACGUUAGAAUAAGAUCGAUACGAUCUAUGCGAGAAUUAUGUAAUGUAAUACUAAUAUAAGAAUGUUAGAAUAAGAGCGAUGCGCAGAACUAACACUUGACAUCCUAUUUCAUUUGUUUGAUA